UUCAUUGAAAUAAUCACAUAAAAAGUACCCAAAAAAUUCUCCCGUUAUCAGAAAAUAAUAAUAAAAAAAAUAUGAACACAUUAUUAUGGUUUUAUUUUUAAAUAAAUAUUGAGAAGAAUUAAUGUCAAACCCUCAAACAUUCGAUACAAUAGUUAUUGGCGCUGGAAUUAUAGGCAGUGGAUGUGCUUAUAAAAUUGCAAAAAGUGGACAGAAAACGUUGCUUUUGGAACAAUUUUCUCUUGGCCACGCCCACGGUUCCUCUCAUGGAGCUUCCCGAAUAAUUCGCUGUACUCAUGGAGAACCCCAUAUCCUUCCAUUUGCUUUGGAUGCUUUUAAGGAAUGGGAGGAAAUGGAAAAAAUUGAUAAAAAUGCUGGGAAGGCUUUAAUUAUAAAAAACGGAGUGUUAACAAUAGAUUAUGAUUGGAAAAGAACUUUAGAAAAAUCAGAUAUUCUUCGGUCUUUUAAUGUCCCUCACGAAAUACUUUAUGGAGGUUCUAUUAUACAGCGACGUUUCCCACAAUUUGUAAAUUUUGAUAAAAAUUAUUCGGCAAUUUAUGAACCUGGAGGGGGUGCUUUAUUGGCUAAUAAUUGUUUAGAAGCUGUGCAGAGACAAUUCCAAGCCUUAGGAUCAUUAGCUACUCUAAAGGAUAACGAAAAAGUUUUGUCUAUUGUUCCGAUUCCACAAAAAGAAAAUGGAUUUUCGUUGCUAGAAGUUACGACGAAUAACGGUGCUUGUUAUUAUGCAAAUAACGUAGUUGUAGCAACAGGUGGAUGGCUUCCCAAUUUAUUACCAAAUAUUCCAAUAUUACCCCAUCGUGUUGGUGUUUGUUUUUGGAAGGUUUUAAGCAGGCCAGAAUUAUUUAAGCCAGAAAAUGGGACUGCCCCAAGUUUUGUUAUUAUAGAAGAAAAUGGGGAAAUAUUUUAUUCUUUACCUUGUAUUGACUAUCCUAAUGCUAUUAAAUUAGCUCUUCAUGGGUGGGAUUUACCCAUUACCAGGAUGGAUGAACACGUCUUUGGAGAUAAAACAAAAAUUUCCGAUUGGACAGGGAUUAGUUCAUAUAUUUCCAAACACUUUCCAGAUUUGGAUUCUUCUUCUCCAAUGAUUAAAUGUGCUUGUGUUUAUAAUCUAACCGAAGACGAAAAUUUUAUUGUCGACAGACACCCACAAAUUCCAAAUUUAUUUAUUGCUGGAGGCUUUUCCGGCACUGGAUUUAAACAUGCUUUAACUAUUGGAAAGAUUAUUAGUAAUUGGAUUAAUGGAAAAAAUGUUGAUUUUGAUAUGGAAAAGUUUAAAAUUGAUAGAAAAACUAAUGUUUUGAUGAAAGCUAAAAUUUAGAAUUUUUUUGAAAAAGGAUUUUUAGGAAAUUAUUUGUUUAAAACUACUUAUAAAUUAAAAUAAUUAUUGUCCGAAUCUAGGCUCGCUCACCAUUACAAGUAGUACUAUGACAUUUUCAUAAAUAAUUUCCAAACAUUGUUAAGUGCUCAAUCUUAGUGUUGUCGGUUCCUGAAAAUUCUUCGGAUAUCCAAAACCGAACCGAUAAAUCCUCGGUUCGGGUCGGUCCGGUCAGGAACCGACAACCCUACUCAAUCUGGGUUUGCUUAUUAACUCAAUACUAAAGCUCCACUCACAUAUUUUUUAAUAUGAAGGAUUCCACCAUUCAACAUUCCAACCUACGAUGAUUCUUAGGCCAUCUCCCUUUCUCCAACAUCCUCUCGGACUCCAAAUUCUCUCGGACUGAUCAAGUAUAUUAUUGGAUCGAAAAUAUCUCU